AUUUAUGAUGUGAAUUGACGUUUGUGUGGAAUAUGAUAUCACGACGCUAGAAAUAUCAGGGCAGAUUAAAGGUUGAGGUUGGAAAGUAGAACACGCCAAGCCUUUUGUAGACCGAGGAAUUUGCGGAGCUCCUCGACCUCACCUCCCCUAGGCAAGCUGUCGACCACGUCUCAAACCUCACGCCUCUCCACUCCGUCGCCAAUUGACAUUCGAUAUGUUCCUUCAGCGAUCUACCGUCGCCUUGGCGCGCAGCGCCAUUGUGCGUGCUCCUGUCAAGCGGACUUUUGCAGUCUCCAUUGCUCGCAAGGUCUCCAUGGACAUCAAGCCACCUACCCUCCCGGAAGGCACCAAGAAGCUUGAGGAGAUCAGAACGAUGGAAGACCUCCUUCCCCCCGGUGCCGCGCCUGGUACCGUUCCCACUGAUGCAGAACAAGCUACCGGUCUCGAACGCUUGGAGCUUAUCGGAAAGAUGCAGGGUGUCGAUAUCUUCGACAUGAAGCCUCUGGACGCUUCGCGGUUAGGAACGAUGGAAAACCCUAUUAUGGUCAGAUCCGCUGGAGAGGAGCAAUACGCCGGAUGUACAGGAUUUCCGGCCGGCUCGCAUAAUGUGCUUUGGCAACUGAUGACCCGCAAAAGGCCCAUUGCCCGAUGCCCUGAAUGCGGAUCUGUAUACAAGAUGGCAUAUGUUGGCCCUCCAGAUGACCCGCACGACAACGAACACGGUCAUGACGACCACCAUGGCUAUGAGGAACCAAAGACAUUUUCUGAUUACGUCAAGCCCGAAUAUUACUACAAGUAGAAUUGGAUUUGCAUUGCAGCCGCUCAUCGAUAGACUGGGGAGUUCAAUAUGUAGAAUAGUGGAUGUAACAGUGAAGUAUUGGACGUUGUUACCACUGCGCCUAGACGCUCUUGUAGCCUGGAAUCUCAAUGCAGGUGUGCAUGGCUAACGUGCUUAAGAACCUCUGAGCGCCAUAGUGCCUAAGAUAAUGCUCUCGAUAUUUUGUAAAUUUUCGAUCUUUGGAGCGUCGCUGGACGAGUCCCCAUUCACGUGAAGCUUAUCAUUUCUCUUCCUCUUGGCCUGCUGGGUGGGGCUGUCAUCAGUAAUUUUAUAAAUCUUCUUGAUAUUAUCGAUAUGAGAGCAUGCGGCCAA